AUGAUUAGGACUCUUCACGUUUCCGUAAACGAUGCGUUGCGGGGCAUUACUAGCUAUACUGAAGAGCGUUCAUUACAGUCAUUGUUCGAGCGAUUUCUCGACGAAGAUGUGGUUGCGUACAAAUGCGAGAAGUGUCACGGCGACGUUGCAACAAUGCGUCACGAAAUCCGCAGUUUCCCAAGGUUCAUCAUCAUGUCGUUGAAGCGAUACUGUUUCGACGCAAUACUUAACGACGUCCGCAAGAACGAACGAUCAGUGUUCAUUCCUAAGUAUCUCAAGGUUUCGGCGUUUGCUGUGUCUGGACAGGAAAAGUAUGCCCCGUACGACGGGAGUCUUGGCGCUAACAGCGAUCGAACCUUGCCUCGCCGCGUGAUCACCGUCCGAGGGGUACCGGCUCAAGAUAUCCAGCGGCUGCAGGCGGACAUGAUGAACGCGUCGGUUGAAGUUGAAGGUUUGUUCCCAAGCUCUUCAGCGGCGGAAGUCAGGGUGCCUGAUGCAGAUGAAUCUGCCGUUGCCGAGACCGCCGCACGGUUGAAAACGAAUGAUACUAGUGCUUCUUCUACGUUUAGCGAAAAUGAUGAUUCUUGUACAGAAUUGCCCACCUUCGUUAGGACUUCACCUGAUAAGGUUUUGAAGUUUGUCGUGGACGAUGACGACGCUUCAGAUGCGAUACGUCGUAAAACAUAUCGUUUGUGCGGUAUUGUCAGUCACAUUGGACAACGAUACUCAACAGGUGAGCAUUCAUUUUCGUAG